ACGACCUUUCUCCCUCUCAAACUCGCGUUUCACACGGCAUACAAAUCUCUCUCUCUCUCUCUUGUCUUCUUGAAUCCCGAUCCCAUCUGCCGUUCGCUAGCGAUCUCGCUCCGGGGUUUAAAUCCCUCGAUCCCGAAGAAGGUCGUCGCAGCCCGCCCCCGGUAAUGGAGGGGAAGCCCACGGCGCGGUUCUCCCUCGGCAAGCAGUCGUCUCUCGCCCCGGAGCGCGACGAUGACCGGUCGGCCGAGGUCCCCCUAUCCGGCGGCCCCGCCGCGAAAGUAACGCAGGUCCCCGAGGAGAUAGGCUCCGGCAUCCGCCUCAUGUUCCUCGCCAACGAGGGCGACCUGGACGGGAUCAAGGAGGUUCUGGGGUCGGGCGCCGACGUCAACUUCAGGGACAUCGAUGGGCGCACCGCCUUGCAUGUCGCCGCGUGCCAGGGGUUCGCCGACAUCGCCCAGUUGCUGCUUCGGAUAGGGGCUGAGGCCGACCCCGAGGACCGGUGGGGCAGCACGCCACUUGCAGACGCAAUACACUACAACAACAAUGAAGUUAUUAGGCUUUUGGAGAAGAAUGGUGCCAAAGUUCGGGUUGCUCCCAUGCAUGUCAAAAAUGUUCGCGAAGUCCCUGAAUAUGAGAUCGAUCCGAGUGAGCUUGAUUUCACAAACAGUGUUGACAUAACAAAAGGAACAUUUCGGGUAGUGACAUGGCAUGGAAUUCAAGUUGCUGUUAAAAGGUUUAAUGAAGAUAUAAUUGCUGAUGAGGAUAAAGUAAAAGCAUUCAGGGAUGAGCUGGCAUUGCUUCAGCAGAUACGACACCCUAAUGUAGUCCAAUUCUUGGGAGCUGUUACUCAGAGUAGUCCGAUGAUGAUCGUUACAGAAUAUUUGCCAAAGGGCGAUCUUCGUGCUUUUUUGAAGAGGGAAGGAGCUCAAACCCCAGCAUCAGCAGUCCGUUAUGCACUUGACAUAGCUAGAGGGAUGAACUAUUUGCAUGAGCACAAACCAGAAGCCAUCAUUCACCGUGAUCUUGAGCCUUCAAACAUCUUGCUAGAUGAUACUGGACAUCUGAAAGUUGCGGAUUUUGAUGUUAGCAAGUUGUUAAAAGUGGCAAAAACUGCAAGAGAGGAUAGGCCAUUGACAUGUCUAGAUGCCUGCAGGUAUGUGGCUCCUGAAGUCUUUCGUAAUGAAGAAUAUGAUACAAAAGUGGAUGUUUUUGCAUUUUCUUUGAUUCUACAAGAGAUGAUUGAAGGCUGUCCACCUUUCUGUUAUAUGCAAGAUGCUGAUGUUCCUAAAGCAUACGCAUCCAAUGAAAGGCCCCCUUUUAGAACACAAAAGCUAUAUGCACAUGGAUUAAAAGAGUUGAUUGAGCGAUGCUGGAGUCAAGACCCUGCUGAAAGACCAACAUUUAAUGAAAUCAUUGAUAGGUUGUCCAUUAUUCUAAACAAAAUUGGUCAGAGACGGCGAUGGAAGGUCGGACUUUUAAAUUGUUGCCGGAAUUUGGAGUUCUGGAAAAAAGAUGGCUCAAGUUCUAGCAGCCACUCAUCUCAUUCGUCCGGGUCAACUUUCUGAAUCGAGUGCUUUUAUGAUUCGAUAUCACAUACUGAUAUAUUAUCAAGUGUACAGCCAUAUCCACUGGAUAAGGAUCCGAACAAAGGAUGUUGAUAUCUUCGUGUAGGUCGUUUUGUUUAUGGUGGUUGCUGCAAAUCUUCUAUGUAGAAUUGUAUUCCUCAAAUCCACAAAGAGCAAUGUCUUGCUUCCACAAAGGUGAUUGGUUACUGUUUGUAAGAGUUGUGGAAUCAUUCUUUGUAUCUGCCCAAGACUGAUGAAAGUGUUGAUCUGAUGGCGAAAGUGUUGUUAAAAACCACACUAAGCGUGAAAGGUUUCUGUUUGUGGUUUGGAUUUGUA